AUGCCAAAACGUCUAUUACAAUUAUGUUCAUAUCAUUCAUGGUGGUCAGAAUUUGUUAAAGAAUGUUUUCAACAAAUCGUUCGUAAUUAUAUUGAAUCAAAUUCAGCAUUAAAUACUGGUAUACUUUGUUAUGAACCAAUUGAUUUCGAAGAAUUUCAUAAACAAAUAAAAAUAGAUCUUAAUCUUAAAAUAGCAUUUAAAAAAUUAAUGCAUUGUCUCAAUUAUCAAUAUUUUACAUUUACAUUACGUUCAAGAAAAGGCGCUUUUACUAGUGUAAUGAGAGCUAAACGACGGCACAAAUAA